AUGAAUUAUGGUCUAUCCAAAAAACAGGUUCGUGAAUUAGCAUAUAAAUUUGCUGUGGCAAACAAAAAGAGGUUCCCUCCUACAUGGAACGGAAGUAAAUUCGCAGGAGAAGAGUGGAUGAGGCUAUUUUUGAAACGGCAUUUCAACGAAGGUGGCCUAGCCAUAAGAAAUCCUGAAAAAACUAGCAUGUCACGUGCAACUAGUUUUAAUAAAUCGAAUGUGAGUAGAUUUUUUGAUAAUUUGGAGGACGUCCACAGGUGCUUUGGUCCAUUCCCACCCGAAAGGAUUUGGAACGAAGAUGAGAUCGGCGUGACCACGGUGCAGAAUCCUCCGAAAAUUGUCGCACCUAAAGGUGUAAAACAGGUUGGUAACGUGACGUCAGCAGAGCGUGGGGAGCUGAUAACAGUAUCUGCUUGUGUCAAUGCUUUAGGCAAUCACAUACCUCCUAUGAUGAUAUUUCCUAGAGUGAAUUAUAAAGACCACAUGUUGGACUUAGCAUCUAAUGCUGGAGUAGUAAUUGUAACGUUUCCACCCCACACUUCUCAUAGAUUACAACCACUUGAUCUUUCUGUCUAUUUUCCAUUCAAGGCUUAUUACAAUCAAGCAGUUCAAUCUUGGCUUAUUAACAACGCUGGAAAAAGAGUUGACAUUUAUAGUGUUGCAGAAUGUGUUGGGCAAGCUUAUCACCACUAUCAACAUAACUAG